GUUCGUUUUGAUGUUGGCCAGAAAGGAAACCACAUGUUUUGGAGUCAACCCUUCAAUUUUUGGCCUGGAACAAACACGGACAAUCCACCUCCUGGAUUGGUUUCCAGCCUAGAAACAGAUGAGUGACCAGAAAUAAGUGUCCACUCAAUCCUGGACUGGAUUGGUUACUCAUCUGGUUUUGAUCCACGUCUGCCGAACGGGGCCUAAGCUGGAACCAAUCUUGGGCUGCCGAACGGCCCCUAAACCGAACGGCAACCGGCAGGGCCGGGCCAAAUCAAGCAGCAAACUGCGAAUGCGAAAGCUCAUACUCGCAUACUUCAGGUCUGGAAUGCUCUGGCCGCUACGAGAGUCCGAUUGCCCGAAACCGCUAUAAAGCUAUGUCAGCCCAACGCGCACGGCACGCGUCCAGGCUCCAACAGCACGACGCAACCGACCCCACAUUCCCUUUACGCGAAGAAGCAUCACCGCGAGUCGUCCUCCUCUCUGUCUUCGCUCGGCGAUCUAUCAAGGAGGCCAGGAGGGUGAGGGGGAGAUGGCGGAGAACCCGCAGCUGUUUGGGAACGGGAUGCCGGUGCCGUUCUACGGCGAGAUGUUCGUCCUCGUCCGGGACGGCGUCGAGUUCCACGUCGACAAGAUCCCGUCAGCUCCUGGAGGUCAUGUGAAAACAAAAGGCACAAUUUACCUGUCCAAUAUAAGGAUGGUGUUUGUUGCCAGCAAGCCUGUUGGCAACUUCUUUGCUUUUGAUAUGCCACUGUUGUUUGUGCAUGGUGAGAAGUUCAAUCAGCCCAUAUUUCACUGCAACAACAUCUCUGGAUUCGUUGAACCAGUCGUUCCAGACAAUCAGAACAGGGCCCUGUACUCAACUCACACCUUCAAGAUCUUGUUCAAGGAAGGCGGCUGUGGUACUUUCGUUCCUCUCUUCCUUAACCUGACUGCAUCUGUGCGGCGCUACAAUGAGUUUGAAGCCCAGUCUGCUGCUAACAUGGCACCGCGUGUGGAUCCUCUGCAAGCUGUGCAGACUCCUGUCGAUGAUAUGAUGCGUCAUGCGUAUGUUGACCCAAAUGAUCCUACCAAGAUUUACCUUCAGCAACCUGCCCCAGAAUCGCAGCUGAGGAGGAGAAACUACCACGGCCCAGCUGAUGCGAAUUAGCGCUUGCUGGAUUGGCAAAACUCAUGGCCAAUGAACUGUUGUAUCUGUUUGAACAUUUUAUCACAACUGGCUUCAAUAUCCGGGAGCCCCCGUAUACUGCGAGUCUGUGGCCGUUACAUCGUACAUAAUGUUGUGAGUUCGCUCAAUAAUGAUGUACAUAAGCAGUGGUGUGUUCAAAUAAUAUUGUAGUGUUAAGUAACUGCUCCGUGUUGCUGAUUUGCUGGUGUUUCGUGAUUGCUGCAGACAUAGAAAUCGUAUAUAGUUCAAAUGAUUUGAAUUGAA